CCAAAGCCCACAUCAAUGAAAUUACAAACGGUCCGGUGCUGGUGACGUCAAAUCUGCACGGCUAAGUGAUCUUGCAUGUAGCCACUCACAGACUUUGCAGCGAAUUAUUUCGGAUGCGACAUGAGGUUUGAAGCAAAAAUCACCCCCAACCAACAUACGCAUGCCAUCCGGAAAAUCGGUCGGCUUUUUUACUUCGCCAGCAUAGCAGUUCGCUUUCGCCUCGAUUCCCCGCCGGUCCGGUACGCACACCGAAUGACUUGCGCGGUUUCCCUCUGCUUCCGAUCUGUUCUAUAUAAAGUCCUCAAAACAGUGUCUCCGGCUACCAGUAGCAAAGUUUCCGGUUGCAGAAGAAGUUGUCCCCACCGAAGGAGAAUUAUUAGAAGCAAGUGAAGUGAUAACGCUCGUGCCGUUUCUGGUGUUUUCCCGUUGGCCGCUGGCGGAACGAAUCUCUGAUCCAAGCAAGCCUAGCAUCCCAGAACAAGGGCCAGCCAGCGCCUACUUCAAAAGUGGCAAUCGGCGGAGUGGAGUGGACUUUUUAACAACUAUUGUGGGGCCCAUGCAAUCUAGUUGGCAGUGACCGAAGACAGGUGUGUACAGCACAGUGUGCAGUGUAUCGUCAAUAUAUUAGAUUACUAGCUGACCGGAAAUAAUACAUCACAGAGCAGUUGUAAUUCAAUAUCCAGCGCGUCCAGAUAGUUCUCGGAGUUCUGCUAAAAGCGAUUGGUAUAGCUAUGAUCAGCCAGCACCUACUUCAAUGGGCAAAUUUCGGAAAGGUUCUGCUGCUGCUCGUGAUAUGUUCUCUAGUUAGCAACAUCCAGGCGGAAAAUGCUUCCUCGGAGCAGCACCAGAUGGAGCACGUUGACGAGCCAUCGCAUGCACACACAGCUCAGAAACGAACGUGGAAGAAUCUACAAGGCGGUUGGGGUAAGCGAAACCCAACCAGCGAGCAACCCGAUCCCAAUGCCGACUACUAUGGGUACUCUGGCAGAAAUGACGAAACAUCGGAUUAUGGCAACGCCGAAAAUGAGCUGGAUAAGUUGAACAAGUAUCUGAUAAAGGGACUGAUCAAUCAACGGUUGGCGCAGUUGGACACUCAGUAUGACGGGUCCGACGAAGAAUAUCCGGUGGAAAAACGAGCUUGGAACAAGAUCAACGGUGGAUGGGGAAAGCGGGUCAACGCUGGACCAGCGCAAUGGAACAAAUUCAGGGGUGCAUGGGGAAAGCGCGAACCCGGAUGGAACAACCUGAAAGGACUGUGGGGCAAACGAUCGGAAAAAUGGAACAAACUAUCGUCGUCUUGGGGCAAACGGGACAGCGGCAAUAGCAAUAGUUACUAAUUAUCCAAUCCGCCAAUUACCGCUCACCGAACUUGUAAAUAUCCACGAAAUCUCUACAGUCUGUUAUAGGAUAAGUUGUUUUCGAUAUUGUAAUUUUUCUUUUGUAUACAUACAACUUAGGUCGCAUAUGCAAUAGCACAACUGGAAAAUGAAAUGCGUGAAGAGCUACAAUCUAGAAAAACCAGUGUAUUGAUAUUGGCCAUGAGGUGUUACCGCAACUUUCUGUUUAGCGACAAUGGACAUGCAGUGAACAUUAUCAUAUACUAAAAACAAAAAGAAAACAGUUUUCAGACUUACAGUAUCAGUGGAAAACGCAAAAAAUCAUGGAAGUGUACAAUAUGGAUGUCAGAAAAUAUUCCAACAUGUUACCAGUAUCAUAUACCCAUGCCGUCAGUAUUACUAAGCAGAUGCUGACACGAAGAUAAAGAAAAUAAAUAAAUUUAGCGUUUACAGUCA